GGAAGUUCAGCAUAACAGGCAGAGCGACAGAGAAGGGUGGCCCGAGAAAGCACAUCCAUCCGUCCACCACCUUCGAACCACCGAGCGUUGCUGGCGAAGAGAACAGAAGAAGGGCCAUAGAGACGGAGCACAGUGGGGGAAAGUGUGCGUGGCUGAAGAUGUCCAUCAAUGGGCGCGAACUGAUCAAGCAACCGCCGGCGGAUUACAACCAGAGCGUACUGACGAUGCAGAAGUCGGUCACCAUCACGGUGACGCCACAGCGCAGCAGCUCGAUGGAUCUGCUAAACUUCGAGGAAAAGCGCCAGCUGAUCGCCUCCUCGCUGUCGCUGUCCGACAUCCUGCACGUCAGCCCGGCCGCGGCCCAGGUGGCCAAGGAAGUGGCCGCCAGCACGGUGAUUGCGACGAAAAAACAGAACGGUGCCACGAUACGUUCCAACAGCCUGAACUCCGGCUCCAGGACGCCACCGCUGGAGCGGAAAAGCAGCAAAUUUAGCGCCUUCGGUCGUCUCUUCAAACCGUGGAAGUGGCGGAGAAAAAAGAAAAGCGAAAAGUUCGAGUCCACUUCCAAGUCGCUCGAGCGGAAAAUAUCAGUACGUGCCAACAGGGAAGAACUUGUACAAAAGGGUAUUCUGCUGCCGGAGAGCCCUACAUCUGCACUGUCGAUAGCUGCCAUUUGCAUCAGUCCCACGGAAUCGGUUACGUGGUCCACCGCAUCUCAUAGGCAAUUGCAAACGUUCCACCAUCAACCGCCACCGCCGCCACCACCGUCUUCACUACACUAUCGCCCAAACGAAGAGCAGUACACGAUCUACAACUCAGUGAACGGAACGAGCGCCGCCGUCCUGCCAAAUCUCGCAUCAUCCGCCACCGCACCAAAUAGUAGUAGCAUAACGAACAACAAUGUGCCUUUAUCCCAAUCGGCCCAGCAGAUCAGCAGCCUCGCUGGCGGUGGUGGCCACGGUGGUGGUGGCCUCAGUGUCGGCGGCACACCGGUCGGCGCGCUCAACCUGUCGGCCAUCCUUAGCGGUAGUGGUGGUCCUGGAUCGAUCGCCGGCCAGCUGGUGAGCGCAAACGCGGCCGCCAUGGGAGGCGGACCCGGUAGUGGUGCGGGCGUUAUCGGUGCGAACAUGAUCGGUGGCAGUACGGCGGGCAGUGCGCUGGCCAGCAUACUGACGGGGGGUGGCGUUAGCAUAGGGCCGGGUCCCGGUGGCAGUGGUUCCGGGCCGCAGGCCCAGCAAGGAAUGGUGCUCAUGUCGUCCAGUUUGGCGCACUCACAAUCCGCUCACCAGAUCGGUCAACCGCCACCACCCGUGGCCCUGAUGCACGGUCAGCUCGCACCGCAUCAGGCCCUCCAGCAGCAGCUUCAGCAACACUUUGCCAACGUUGCCGCCAAUUCCAGUGCCAACAUGAAUCAAGUUCAAGAUAAUCAAAGGAAAACUCCACCGCCCGCAAAUGACGGCCAGCAGCAACAGCAGCAGCAGCAGCAGCUGCAACACCAGCACCACCAGCCAACGCAAUCUCUACAGGCCCAGCACCACCACCAGCAGCUCCAGCAGCAGCUGCAGCAGCACCACCAACAGCAGCAGCAACAGGCGCAGCAACAGCUGCAGGCGGCGGCGGCGGCGGCUGCGGCUCAGUACCAGCACCAGCAUCAGCACCAGCACGGUCACCAUCUGCCGAAUCACAUAGUGCUGUCGGAGCUGCCGGAACCGCCGAUACCGGUGUCGGAGAUUGGCCCGAUCCCCCCGCCACCGAUGUUCUCCACGCCCAGCCCCACGCUCGUCGGGGGCCGGCCACACGGUGGCGGCGGCGGCGGGGGCGGUGGCGGCAGCGGCGGCGGUAGUAGUGCAGGCGGCUCUAUUGGUGGCGCUGCCAGUGUUGGCGGCGGCAGCGGUGGUGGUGGUGCUGGCGGGAUCGGCGGCGGCGGUGGUGGUGGUGGCGGCGUCGGCGGCAUUAGCGGACCUGGAAGCGGGAGCGCCAGCGGCGGCGGCGGAGGCGGCCAACCACCGAAUGUGCAUUCCACUGGUAGCAAUAGUAGUAUUAUGAGUAACAUUAUACCGUUAGAUAUGAACGAUUACGACUACGAUGAUCAUGAAAACAAUGAUCACGAGGAGGUUGAUUCGGACGAGGACUACAUGUACCCGAUGUCGCAGCCGAACCCGAACAUCGACACCAACCGUAUCGACGAGAUACCGGCGAAGGAGCCAAACAUUAACGCGGUGCCAUUGAAGUCUGCGCUGAAGAAGAAGGGGUCGAACCCGGGCACCCCGACCCAGGACAACCGGGCCCUAGCGGUACGGUACGAUACGAACCCGCCGGCUGCGGCCACCAUCAAGCCAGUUUUACGACCACGGAUUAGAAUAUGUUCCCGACCGAUGCGUUUCCAAAUUGGCCUACCCAGCACGAUGGAGAACAAGGAAAACGCGCGCCCAUAUGUGAUUCGCGAGGGCGACGACAGUGACCAGUCGGAUGGGCCGAUCUGCUACCGGGAGGAUGAUGCCGACCGGGCGGCCAAAAUUGCGCGCAAGGAGAGCCUCUCGAUCAAGCUGGCGCUCCGCCCGGACCGACAGGAGCUCAUUAAUCGCAACAUACUGCAGCUGCAGUCCGACAACGAAAAGCAGGAAUCGAAGGAAGCGAUCGGGGCGCGGCUGAUACGUCGCCUGUCGAUGCGCCCGACGGCCGAGGAACUGGUCGAGCGGAACAUUCUCAAAACCCAAUCACCGGCGGAGGAGAAGAAGCAGAAGGAGGAAAAGAAGCGCUAUCUGUUGCGGAAACUGAGCUUCCGGCCGACGGUCGACGAGCUGAAGGAGAAGAAAAUCAUCCGCUUCAACGACUACAUCGAGGUGACGCAAGCUCACGACUACGACCGACGGGCGGACAAACCCUGGACGCGGCUAACACCCAAGGAUAAGGCCGCCAUCCGCAAGGAAUUGAACGAAUUCAAAAGCUCCGAAAUGGCCGUGCACGAAGGCAGUCGACAUCUUACCAGGUUUCAUAGGCCAUGACAACUGCAAUGGAAGGCCAAACAGAGGCAGUGUGCCGUUCUUUAUUUUAAAUUUCUCAUUAGAAAUUACAAUCAACUGGCCGUGUACAUAUGAGCGCCCGUACCGGGACUGCGCGCACCACUUUUGGGCAGCACUGACGCUGCGGCAUCCAGCAAUCGUCAACUAUCAACUACCCCUUCCCACCCACCCUUGCGAGAUCCGCUCAGGCAGAGCCAUCGGAGACCACCGACCGUUGGACAACCGACUCGACGCUCGGAACUGUGCCGAAUGAGAGCCGGUACAAAAGCGUAUUGCACAAACCUUCAAACUUGAGGGUUUUGUUUGAUUGUUGUCUGAACUGUCCCCCGGUUGCGGCAGGACGACGGGUCCAACUCUCCGAUUCCGAAGGGGUAGAACGUAUAAAAAAUACAACAAAAAAUGAUUCCAACAUUCAAACAUUUCCACGCCUCACCGAGAUCGAUGUCAAAUAUCAACGACAGUCGCCACAUUUUUUUUAUAGUUUUACUUUGCUUUUUUUUCGUUAUGCAUUACAUCUGAUGACAAAACUCGAAGCUUCCCCGACAAUUGGAUAACCAUUGGCUAAUUUGCUAUGAUUGUUUGGUGUACGCGGCAUACUCGCUUGACAAAGAUGUUGCAAAUAGUUUGGAGCGAUUUACUUUCCGACACCAUUAUCAUCCCCGGGCCAGCGUGAAAGGUAAAUGUUUGAAUGGGUGUAUCGACAAAAAAACGCAUAAGUAUGUUCACAUUCUCUGGAGUCUCUGAAGUUGAUCUUGCAAAGCGCAAUGGCGUUGGAAACAGCGCAAAAAUCCUAAUAGCUAUGCAACCAGUCGGGAUAGAAGAAUGGAAACUGAUGUGGAAUUAACAAAAAAGAAAACGUAAGACGCAAACGUUCUGGUGAUGGGAAACGAAAACCUAAAUGAGAAUAAUUAUACUGUGAUAAUGUUGAUGACGUGUUUAGAAUGUUACCGACAAAAGAAAACGGGAAAAAAGGUUCGCACGCGCCCGAUAACAGCUGUAGGUAAACAUGGCAAACAUUGGAGGUGCAUGCAUUCACAAUUGGGAAUGGAUACCGGAAUUCAACACCUGCUGGCGAUGGUAUGCGUUCAAACGUGAACAACAAUAUCAAAGUGAAAAUAUGACACCGAAAAAGGGAAAAAAUAGAGCUACAUUCUGGUACUACAGGCAAGAGGGAAAACUUGAAAACAUUACGUUCAAAGGAUCAUCUGGAAGGCACACCAUACAAGCCAGAAACUCAUCACAAUCAAAGGAAAUGACAUUAUAAUGAAUUUGAAGAAACGCAAACAGUGCAUGGACGCCACAGAUUUUGCGAACUACGCGAAGCUCCCUAGGAAUCAUUGGUCAAAACCAUAGGUCCUGCUUUCCUUUCUGUUUCACAUACAUUUACCGGACCGCCAUUAGUUACGCCUCGUGCAUCCCUAAAUGUGUUGAGUUGACAUCUGCAGCUUCUUACUUAAUGACCCCGAAACUCCCGUACUUCAUACAGCGACCCAUUUCCUUACGAAGCAGUAAUGCGCAAGCAAAGACAAGCAAUUUGUCCAAUGCACAGGACAUUAGCCGAAGAAGAAACGUAAACUGCGCUCCCAAAUAAUGCAUCCAUACCUAGUGUCGCAACAACACUACUAGCACUACUACCACUUACUACAAGUACCGUAACGCGUGCAGGACUUACUCAUUGCAUUGUACAUAUCUUGUGAACACCGACGAGGAUCCCGCGUUUCCAUCGAGGUUCGAACGGCGAGACAUUAUAGAAUACGAAAGGAGCGGGACGAAAGGGGCGAAGCGUGGCAUGUGUUAGUUUUAAGAAUCCCUACAAAUAAAUGCAUUACAUUGGCAACGGCAAGCAAAAUGAGUGUCGUCUGCAUAGCGCAUGCAGAUCAAAAGAAAAGGAAACAUAAUAAUGGCCGUGUGGAACUCCUUUAACAAUACUGGCGACCGAAGCGAAAAAGGAAGCACAGCAGAAAACGAUCCGUAAACUUUGGAAAGCAAACGUGAACAGAAAAACUCGAUGUGUAAAAGGUACGCCAAUAUUUAGAUACUAAACAUUUGUCAGAAAAGUGCUCCCUCUAGUAGUGAGCGGGGGAAUUACUAAACCACUUUUUAAUGUGGAAGGUUUAGUAGAACGGUAGUAGUGUGGUGAAACAUAUUACAAGCGAAACACGCUUAGCCGAUUGCGUGAAACUGCCAAGGGGAGCGUCGACAACAACCAGAGUGAGAAACCGAUGGCAUGAUCCGUCUGUACAACCGUAGAAGCACCCUGCGCAGAUAAGUGAACACCGGUGAAUGAGCAGAGAGGAAAGAGGGCAAAUAUUACACGCAAUCAAUCAAUUAUUAAUACACAGAGAAUAACAUCAGUUAAUGAAAACUUAGCAUGUGACGUAUGGUAGCGUUCGCCGAAAUCAAUAUGAGUACUUGAAUGUUUUCGUGAAAUUUGCUACUAAACCUUGAUUAGCACCGUGAGCACGCGUGGGCUAAGGUGGCAAUCUAUUAAAAAUCCAUCAAGUCAAAAUUGCUAUACGACGCCGUCGUCUGCUUGUGGUAGGCGAUGGUUUCCACGGAGAUUUGUGGUAAAAUGCGCCAACGAAACGGCGCGCAAAACUGGCUGAAUGUAGGUGAACAGGAAUGGUGUCGUCCUUAGUUAGUUUUCAAUUUUCCGCUAACCAGCUAGUUCUUGUCAGUUUGUGUCUAAUCCAUCGGCAAACACAAACAGGGUGUUAAAAACAAAGAUACGCAAACCUACAGCAAACGGUUUCUCGCAAAGCCGCGCUAUGCUUGUCGGUUUUUGUUGGUGCGUAACUUGUGUACUCAAACCGCAGUGACGAGAAUCAUGUGUUGCUGCGCGCCACUACAAAAGGAUAUUGAUUAGAAGAUAUUCAGCUGUCAUUUGCCGUGAAAAACAAAGUGUCGCACAGGUCGCACGUCUGCUACAAAUCAAUGGGGCCGCUUUUCCGGAGCAUAAAUAAAUCAAUAUGCGUAAAAGAAAAAUGCUAUUUCCUGUAAGUUGUAAAUGGAACCGGAGGAUCUAUAGAGAUACUUGACUUUUUUUAAACCAAUUUAUCUUCGCCAGUGGCGGCGUCAAUAAACGAAUGGUGGAAUAUGCGUUCCGCAGUCUAACGGCCAUCUUGUAACCCUCCUCGACUACAAACGUGAUUCCGAACAGAAUGACAUAUAAAAACUCAUCUUAAAUGCGAAAAGAGAGUGAACAACGGUACAUCCAAUACAUCCGAUUGACUUCGAAAGCAUAAUUUAAAAAAAUAAAAAAGAAACACACGUUUAGUUUUAAGGCGUAAUGCAUAUAAAUAUAUAUAAAUAUAAUAAUACUGGUUGAAACAAACGAAUGAACCGCUAGGAGGUGCAGCUGGACGCAAGAGUAAAAGAAACCUUGGCAGGGCCGAUAGGCGAGCGUGUGAGAGGGGCGAAGCAAAUCAAUAAUUUGUUAAGACAAGCAAACAAACAAACAGAAAAUACAAAACA